AUGGAUACCACGGGUUCUAUCAACAACGAGCUGAACGUGGAGGCGGUGGAGAACGAGGAGGAGCUUCUUGAUGAUUCUGAAGAAAGAGAAUUAGUGACAGAUUCGUGUUCUACAAAGGUAUUGGACACCUCAGAACAACCUCGGGAUAAAUACAAAAUAGUUUACAUUUUGUUUUAUUUAUUUGGGAUCACAUCACUUGUGCCAUGGAAUUUUUUAAUCACUGCAAAUGAUUAUUGGAUGUACAAGUUUCGAGAUGUAAAUCCAAAAAACAUCACCAUGUUUACGGAGGUCAGGAAGUCUCAGUUCCAAGCAGAGUUCACGUCGUACCUGAAUGUCGCCACCGCAAUCCCUAACUUGAUAUUCCUUAUCUUGAAUUCAUUGUAUGGCCACUUAGUUUCUAUGAAGAGUAGACUGCAGGGGUCUUUGUUUAUUGUGACCGUUGCAUUUCUUGUGACCACUGCACUCGUACAAGUGGACACAGACGACUGGCAAAAUGGUUUCUUUAUUAUAACAAUGGUGACAGUGGUGGUAAUGACAGCGGCCAGCGCCGUCUUCAUCGGUGGCUUAGUGGGCAUAGCGAGUCGUUUCUCUAAGGAAUACAUGGCUGCAGUGAUCAGUGGCCAAUCCCUCGGCGGGAUACUGGCUGCCAUAGCGCAAAUAAUAUCACUCGCCUUCAAAAUAUCGCCGCUCCACAGCGCUCUCAUAUACUUCGUGAUAGCAGACAUCAUGGUUAUAACCUCGUUGAUAUCUUAUGCGAUGUUGUAUAAGAUCGACUUCUUCACUUAUAAUAUACUUAGAGGUUCUGGCGGUAUCGCAGCCAAUAGGCACAGGGAGGUGUCGAUGACCGCGAUACUGAAGAAGAUUUGGGUGUACGCGUUCAGUAUCUUUGCCGUGUUCGCUGUGAGCAUGGCUGUGUACCCAGCGGUGACUGUGCUGGUUGAAUCUCACCCAGUGACCAAAGGAACGGAUUGGAACAAUAUAUUUUUUGUACCGGUAGUCAAUUAUUUGAUCUUCAACUGUGGAGAUUAUUCCGGUAGACUGGUAGCUGGACUUAUUUUACGGCCCGAUAACCAAUGGGUGAUAGCGGCCGCGAGUAUACUUCGAGUAGUGGGCAUACCGAUGCUGAUGCUCUGUAACGCCCAGCCGCGGAAACACCUGCCCGUGGUGUUCCUCUGGGACUGGGAGUACAUCAUCAUAAUGAUAGUGUUCGCGUUCACCAACGGUUACUUGACUAAUAUAGUCAUGAUCAAUUCAACACGGGUGGUGGAAUUACACGAGCGGGAGAAGGCGUCUUCGGUUAUCGCUACUAUGCUAAGCGUCGGUCUCACCGUGGGCGCGGCUGUGGGAAUGCUCCUAGUGCAUGUACUAUAA